AAUUCUGAGCGGGGAGCGCGAGGGAGUCUAGCCGGGGAUGUGAGGGGAAAGACGGAACAGGAUUGCUGACUAAAUAAUCAGAAUAUUCGACUCCAAAAGUGACAGAAACAUACACGAAUUGUAGUUCACAAGUUAAUGUUGCGAUUAGUGAAGACGUGGAGUCGAUGACAAGCCCGCAGGAGUUGUGCACGGAGUCCAAACAAGUCCUCGCCGUUUCCGUUUAACGUCAAGUUUUGAGUGUGAGGACAGCGCGAGCGCAAGGAGCUGAAGGGCGCGCGGAUGGUGGUGGUGAUGCUCACGGCAGAAGAGCCCCUUGCCUCCACUCCACGCAGAGGCAUGGAUGGUGUGGGCAAAGCUAAUACUGCCAACAAGAAGCUUGUUCAAGCACGUCUUACUUUCAAAAGGCUAAACCCGGAAAUCAAGGAAUGCAUUGAGCCCAAAAGAACCAAAGGUCCGGUUGCUCCCAAGUGCUCUGAACCCAGCGUCUCCGAUGGAGAAAACGAUGUUGAACACUCUCCCCUGCCGCAGCGGCGUGGCCCGGCUCUGGUGAACGGCCGCGGUCCUCUUGAUUCCUUUAUGAGUCGAAGUAUGCGUUCUAUCCGCUCUACCCCUAAAGUUACCAUCGACCUCACAGAAGACAAUUCCACUGAUGCUGUCAAACAACAACCUGUGACUCCGGUUGCAGCCAUUACAGAAAAAUCAACGAGUCGAGAAAAUGCACGGAAAGCUGUAGAACCCGCCACACCACUAAAAGACGAGGAGACGGAUAAGGAUGAGGAGCUGGAGGGAGAGAUGUUGGACAGCACUCUGGAGUCCGAUACUGAGGAAGAGGAGCAACAGGAGACUGAAAUCAGCCAGGAGAAUGAGUCUAUGCUCUCGACUGGAUCCACCAGCUCCCUCUCAGCGGUGGAGAGCUCACCAGAGCCCAGCAGAAGUGCACCCAGCACCCCUGCCUCAGCCCUACAGACAAAUGAAGCAGAAAAUAAGAUGAAGAGGCGGUCUCUCAAAAGUGUCCAAGAACAGGAGGACAAACAGCGACUCAAGGAUGAGAAAGAACGGCUCAAACAGGAGGCCAAAGCUGCAAAGGAAAAGAAAAAAGAGAAGGCUCGCAAGCUGAGGGAAGAGAAGGAGAGAGAGAAGAAAGAGAAAAAGGAGAAAGAGGAGAAGGAGCGGCGGGAGAAGAAAGAGAGAGAGGAGAAAGAGAAGGUUGAGAAACAACGAGCUAAAGAAGAGCAGCGGCAAAUGAAAAUGGAGGCCAAACUUGAGGAGAAAAGAAAGAAAGAGGAAGAAAAACGGUUGAAGGAAGAGAAAGAACGCCUCAAAGCUGAAAAGGCUGAGAUUACCCGGUUUCUACAGAAGCCCAAGACCCAGCUGGCACCAAAGACUUUAGCAUCUGCUUGUGGAAAGUUUGCCCCUUUUGAGAUUAAAGAGCACAUGUCUUUGGCACCACUGACUCGAGUACAAUGUGAGGAUGCUGUUCUAGAGGAGCUGGACCAUUAUCUUGCCCAGCCAGACAGCACUCUAAAUGGACUGAAGGAUUGGACGAAGCACAAACCUCGCAGAUCAGGUGCAACCAGGCCCCAUCGCAUCAAUUCAGUAAGAGAUUGUUUGGUUGUAACUGAAAGCGUAAAGGCAGAUGGCGUCCCAGACCGACACCGAUACGGCCGCAUGAAACUCCUGCACUUCCAAGACAACUAUCGGCCGGCUUACUGGGGCACAUAUAGCAAAAAAAGCAAGUACAUCUCUCCACGCUGUCCACUACGACAAGACAAGGAUCUGCUGGAUUAUGAGGUGGACAGUGACGAAGAGUGGGAGGAAGAGGAGCCAGGAGAGUCUCUUUCUCACAGUGAGGGGGAUGAUGAUGAUGAAGCUGGAGAUGAUGACGACGAUGAUGAUGGGUUCUUUGUACCCCACGGUUAUCUCUCAGAAGGGGAAGGAGCACGUGAGGAAGAUGAGGAGGGUGGAGAUCCAGAGAAGCUGAAGGUGCGCCAGAAGAUAAAAGCUCGUGAGUGGGAGAACGAGCUAUUGUCUAAAGGGAAGGUGAAGGUUUUGGAGCCAGUUGUACGAUGCUGCCGGUGGGAGGGGGAGGAGCCUACAGUGGAAUUCCUGCGGCCGUAUGCUGUUUGUAUGUUGGAGCCUUUACCUAAAGAUGAGGCCUCCACCCCUGAACGGGACCUGUUACGUCAAAAGAGGAACGAGAAAUUGCUAUCACAGCUGCUGCCAUUGCUGCAUGGGAAUGUUAACAGCAGCAAGUUGAUCAUCAAUGAGUUCCUGGAGUUUUGUCGCCAGCAAACAUCAUCACCCACAAAGAGCCCACUGAACUCUACCAACCACGUCCCACCCAGGAUCCAAGUCCGGCGUCUCAUAAAGGAAAGCGGCGUCUAUGAGAAGCGAUCCACCUAUAGACGAAGCUGUUGGUACGUGCAUGCAGACGUUCUAGCCAGUCAUUCUCAGGAGGCUCUGCCCGUGCCCUGCCAGUGGAAGUACCUCACCUCCGGUGCACAUAUCACCCGCGAAGAGCCCGCCAGCUCACAGGGCAACUCUCCUACAUCUCAGUCAACCUCAAGCACCCCCUCCAACAAGAGGAAGUGCGUCAGCAACCACUCUAUUACAAAGUACAUGAAGAAAAAUAGCGAAUCAGAACAGGUUGAAGCAAUGGAGACUGAUGGCUUUCAAGCAGACACUGAGGACGAUGAAGAUGACGACUGUGUCAUUGUCGGGGAAAAGUCUGUAUCCGAACAGGAUGGCAAUACAUCUUUGGCACAAACCGAGGAAAAAGCAGAGCACAUGGACACAAACGCAUCUGAAACUGCUGCUCUUAACCUCCCUUGCCCAACCCCAGCCACCGCUUGAGAUCUAUUCCAUGUCGGGUUUGCACUCGUGUUCACCGGGGCUCAACAUCUGAUCAACGUUUCGAAGGAACACAGUAUCGGACACAGUAUUAAGGUCCCCAGAAUGAAUUAUUUGUUUUGCUACAAUAGGUUGGGGGUCAGAUGAAAUCUUACCUGUACACACUGUCAGUGGACUAGAUCACAUCCUGUUUGUUCUAAUAAUGAACAUUUUCUGAAAGUGUGCAAAUGCUCUGCUGGUACAUAGGCUGACACAUUCAUCAGCUCUGGCUCCAGUCAGGAGGUUGUUGCUGUAUGCUGUGCUCAGUGCCAUUUGUUUUAACUUAAUUUUGUUUUUCUCAGAAUACUUGAACUGGUGUAUCUCUCAAACAUAAUGACAAUUGAAAUAUAUUGCACUUUUAUAUUUCGUUUCUGGCCUUUUCUUCCACCCUCCAUCUUCUCAACUUCUCUGUUUAGCCCUUCAGUUUUUUCCUUUUCCAAAAAGCUUUGUAUAAAAACAGCACAUGCCAUUUCUGUCUCGCAGGCUGCUAAACCCGGUGUAAAUACUGUUUCAAAUCUUUCCUUUCGGUUUUGAAGAAUGGUAUAGAGGAUGAAAUAGUAGCUGGCUGUCCAAAACAGUAAAACAAGCAAUUUUGGGCUAAAUGUUUUCAAUGUUUUGAAUAAACUGCGCCAUAGUUUGCAGUUGUAUUGGGUUUCUACAAAGCUUAAAUAAAGCAUUAUUUAAAAAUGAUUAAA